CCUCACAAAUGGACAAUACACAUUAAUAGUCGCUUGCAGAACCUAAUAAAAUACGGAAAAACAUUGUGAAAUUCUGAAUUUAUUGUUUUAAUUUUUAAAAAUUGAUCAUGAAUAUUUUUCGGCGAUCAUUUUCAACAAUAAACAAAUUCUCUACCUUGUCAACAAAAGGAAGAUUUUUGCCAAAUAUAGACAACCUAAAACAAAGAUGUGAAUUUUCGAGUGGUCCAUCAAAUGAUGAAUCUAAAGGGCGGCUUAGAUUAAACCUACGAAGACAAAAUCUUCCACCAUAUCCACACAUCGAUUUGGUAAGAGAUCUGAAGGUGGAAAACUAUUUACCCUCAUCUUUUAAAAACGUUAAAUAUGGAGAAUUUGAAUUUUCGGAGAGAUUUGAUGGAUAUGUAUGCAUGUAUAUUGGCGCAUAUAUGAAUACGCGUGAUCUCGAUGCCAAACCGGGAUAUUCAGUCUAUUUUGGUUCGGAUCAUCCAUUGAAUUUGCAAGGAGGUGUCGAGCACCGACAAACAUUAAAUCAUGCACAUCUCUAUGGUUUUCUAAAGGGAAUGGAACAAAUUCCAAAAGAUUCGUUCAAAAAACUGUGCAUUAUGACGAGUCAUAUUUCAAUGACUACGUUCAUCGGUAGAGCUUUACCACAAAUGAGUGAAAAUUCAUUUCGCAGCAUUCAAAGCGGUAGAUUAAAUAAAGACUUACAAACAAGCAUGGAGAUCAAUAGAGUACUGCGAUCGAGAGAUGAUUUGAUAUUUCAAGUAAUGUGGUGUCCGAGUGAUAUGGGAGUUGACGGCAUGCACCAUGCAAAGAAAAUGGCAGAAGAAGCUGCCAAAACAGUCACACUCGAUGCUAAGAAACAAGCAUUCACAUAACAAGCUAUUGUCAUAUUAAAUAUAAAAUUUUAAGUGAAUAAAAUGAAUGUCCGAGAAUGAAAGUGAGUCUUCUCCUCAGAACAUAGAAAUGUGUAACAAAUCUUAAAGAUUUUAUUGAAUUGUAGUACCAACGCAAAUUUUAUUACGUGUAAACUUAAAAUUAAAUGUUUCAUCUCUAUGUAUCUGUGUAACUUGCAAUACAUUUUCAAUUCAAAACGUUCUAAAUUUUGAAUUAGCCCUCUUCGUUAUUGCUCCAGAAAUAAAAAUAAAGUUGUGAAUAUUGAUCAGAAUACCACCAGCACUGCUUAUUUGAAAUAACAUUAUCCACUAUGAGGUAUUGAAAUAUUUGUUUGGUUGUACUGUUAUCGUAAUCGAAGUAUUCGGACAUCUGUGUAAGUUCAACCCAAUAUUUGCCUUCAAUUUCGACACACAUUUGUAUUGAAGAUACAUGAAAGAAGAAGGAAACAAAAACGAAUAGACAAAAAUGUGUGUUGAAAAUACAAAGCAAUAUCCAAAUAAAAGAGUAUUUUCUUGAAUGUAAGUGCUUUGUGUGUUUACUGGUAUGACUAAGAGUUUAGUUGAAAUGACUAAAACAUGUUUAAUAAAGAUGAAUGAUAUUUUGGUCCCUCACAUUUAUAAAAACGUAAACAAAAUUUUCUAAUUUUUUUCGCUGAAUGAAAUUUCGGCGAAUCAAAAACUUUGAGUAUUAUAGAUCAUCGUGCAGUCUGACCCAUAAAAUUGCUGAAAUAUGUAAUACAGAUUGCAAAAAUACGUGAUUUAUAUAGACGUCAUCUGAAAAUUAUUGGCUUUAAUCAGUGCCACUUAUUUACCCACUCAACAACGUUCGUAUUAGCACUCAAUUUAAAACGCAAAUUACUACAAGUAUAUAUUUUAUAUUAAAUUUUGACUCAGUUUCGAUUCGACUAUCAAAUGAAGUCAACCCGAUAUUUAUUCGUCUCUAUUUCAUUUUCUAUUUCGCAAUUUGAAAAAACAACGACAACAUAAGUGAUAUGAUUUUGGAGUAAAAGUGUGUAUGUGUACUGUGCGUAGCCUAUCAGUCAUGCUUAUCGUGUCCAAAUUUGUGAACUUCAAACGUGUUCAAACAAUAUGUGUCGUAUUUGAAAUAUUUAGUCAUGCAUUUAUCAAAAUCGAAACGAGUUUGUGGCACAACAAACAGCUGAUUCUAAGCUAACCGGAUAUUUUAGUUCUACGGUUUUAAGUCAGUCUGUUCAGUUCAGUUUCAGUAUUUCUAAGAAUAGCAAGAAAUGAAUUUUAAAACUCAUAAUAAACAAAGCGUUCAACUUUCUUUUUUAUCAUUCAUCGAAUGAGUUGAAUCUAAAAUGAAGUUUUUGUGCAUUUUUACUAUCGUUUUUUUGUGUGGCACUGUGUUUUCAAGUGAUAACGAACCGCAAGUGAACGAAUGGGAUUGGACCGAUGAAAUCACUCGACAAAAAUGCAUAUCAGUGCGAUUGGCCGCUUCAUUAAACAUCACAUAUCCAACUGAAGAUGGAAAAGUUUCACAUACAAUUUACAAUAUUCCAUCAAAUACAUCGUGGAAUAUUAUUGGAAGCUGUAGCGAUGGUGUGGCCGAUCAAAAUAUUACAGUUGAAUGGACCGAGCCGAAUUAUUCAAAGACUGGGGAUACAAGAAAUUCCAUAAAUUUGACAUUCAAAUUUUAUGACAACACAAAUCUAUACUCGUUGAAUGCCAUUUCAUUCGAAAUAAACGCAACAAUUUUCGAAAAUGGAUCUGAUCAAUUGUCUAACUAUCUGUAUGUUGGCGAUGAUUUUUGGGCACCGGAAGGCUGGUCAUACAACUGCAACAAAACACAAGAAUAUGAACUGAGCGGUGUAAAUAGGCGCUACAUUUUGGGAUCUAUCAUUCUUUCGAAUAUGCAAUUCGAAGCAUCACUUACAAGCAGUGUUGAUGGCCUCUUUAGACAAUCGGUCCAGUGUAGAGUGGAUGAUUUCGAAACAAAGGUUGUAUUUAUAUCCAUUGCCGGUGUUGUUGUUUUAUUCAUCUCAAUAGGAAUUUACAUUUACUUUCAUCGUUUUCGUUUGUGAACAACACAAAUGACAAGGUUGCAUUUAAGUAAUUUUUGGAAAAUUAGUGUUUAUGUGAAAAUAUUUUGUAAAAAUGAUCGCAUGAUAUCAGGGAAAAGGUGGAGAAGAAUUAUUUGGUAUAUUGAGUAUUUUUGGUGCCACAUUGUAUUGAAUAUAGUUUUAAAA